CAGUGCUGCCGGGGGAACAUUUCUGCUUGAAUGGGCCAGCUGAGAUAAAGCCAGGCUAAUGCUUUGCUACCCAGAGUCAUUUCAGUGGGGUUUUAAACAGAUACAGCUGUCUUUUGAGAUGUUUAAAAAAUAAUAAUUAAAAAGCCAUCGCCUCCCUGACUGCAGUAUCUUUCUCUUCAUUGAUUUGCUUUUCAGAGGGGGCCCAGAUGGAGGGUGCAGGAAGUGCUGACCAGGCCUGUUGGCUCUGGGCACCCGCCUGACUCUGUUAGAGAUGUCACAGUGCCAUUUUUUUUUUUCUGCCGGACUGGCACGUCUUGGCGUUCCAAUCCUUGGGUUGCUUGGAGAAAUUAACGGCUUCUGUCACUGCGCUGUCUUGGUCUCCUGUAACCAUGAUGUUUUUGCAGAGAGCGUGUUUUUUGUUGUUCUUGCAGAGUUCUGGGAAUAAAUUGCGGGCUCUAUGCUCAGAAAAGACACUGGCUAUGACCGGCCACAGUGCAGCCUCUAUUCUCAGAAAAUGUAUUCAGGAGGGAUGAUGUCAGCUGCCUCCUCACUGGCCGGUCUCUGGCCAGCCUCUUCCCUUGGCCUUUGAGCUUACAUCAUAAGAAAUUUGUGGUUCUUCCAGCCCCAUUCUGUGUGGGAAGAUGUGACUUUUGCUACUAUCGGAAUUUUUGGAACUCAACUCUGCUCGCCCUGUCCGAGGGCCCGUUCAAGUAGAGCUGUCCAGCAGAUGCAGCAGGACAGCUUUGCUUACAAGCGGCGCAGCUCAGAGCUCGAAUCAGGGUGUUGGCAUCAGGCUUAGGCUCAGAUCUCAGAUCCACUUCUUCCUAGCUUAGUGACUUAGGACAAGGGAGGUGGCCUCUCUGAGCCUCAGUCUCCUCUCCUUUAACCUUCGGGCUGUCAUGUGGAUUUCAUUGAUUUUCAUCAAGCACUUAGCGGAGGGCCCUCACGUUCUAAUCCCUGGAUGGAUAGGACUAAUUGUAACAAUAAGUGAGUGAGAUAAAUGGCAAAAAGCACAGGGCUCAGGGCCUGCCAACCUGAGUUCAAAUUCCAGGUCGGACCCUUUGAAGCUCUGUUGGGCAGGUUGUUUAACUGCUGAGCCUUGGUUUCCUCAUUGUGGGGAUUACACAGGAUGAUGGCAGUUAAACCAGAAAGCCCAAUGCUUAGCACACAGUAGGACUUCAAUAAUUGUUAGUUUCCUUCUCUCUUUCCUUUCCUUAAUUAUCUUUUAGCAUUCAUUUUCUUUCACCUUUUUCCUCACCUACCUAGGUUGGUUCAAGAUCUUCUUGGAUGGGUUUUCCAUCCUUAGCUUUAGGAUUUUGAACACCACCUGGGCUAUUUGGAUCCCUUUUUCUUGUUUAUUGUUUGCCAGCAAUAAACAAGGGUGUGGACUGUGGUGUGAUUACAGAGCAGCAGACGCAGAGCUUGAGGGUGGCUGACUUUGAAAAAAAAAAAAAUCAACCUCUAUGGGCUCAAGCCUGACUUCCUUGGAGAAAAAUCACAGCAGUGUUUAGGAGGCUUGAGGUCCCUCUGUUUAAAUUGUUCUGAGAUGUACCAAAAAACAGUGCCUGGGGCCAGAGGCAGGAUGGAAGCUUCUCUUAGAUAAAUAAAAAAUGGUAAAUGCAUAUGGGUUUUUAUUAGCAAGGACGGUGAUGUCUUCUUUCGGGUUGCAAUACAAUUUUAUUUUUUAAGAGAACAUACAUACUCUGAUACUAGACAAAAAGCUCUUUCAACUAGAAUUGAGGGCAAGGCUGUGUCUUCUCAACUGCUGUCGGCUACUGUCCCCUCCCCACCCCAUAUCCUCCCCCUGCAACCUAGCCCAGGGCCUGGAGCGAGGUAGGUGCUGCAUGAAGGCUUGUUGAACUCAAGAAUCGUGGGGUGGUGGGAGGAACACAGGUACCAAGGCAGAAGGCUGAGCUCAGAAUCUUGGAUCCACCUUUUCCUAACCCCAAGCUACUUAAGGCAUGUCAUGUCGUGGAGCCCCUGUUCCUUCUCUCUCCAGCUGAUCUCCCAGGAUCCUUGGGAGAACUAAAUGAGAAAGAAGUGGCGUCAUGAGUGCCUACAUCCUUUGCCUCAUUCAUUUCACCUGUUUUAUCCAGUGCCUGCUGUGUGCCAGGCUCUCUGUUAGGCAUCACGGUGAACAAAACAGAUGUGGCCCUUGCCUUUGUGGAGCUUUGUGGAUAAUGGGGGCAUGCAAAGAGAGGAAGCUAGUAAAUGAAGCAGUCCGCUGGUCCAGGCGAGCAACAUGUCAGUGCUUUUAGUCAUGUCCCUGACCCCAGCCCAGAUGCCAUGGAGGAGAUAAGGUAGCCUCCCAUCCCUGGAUCCGAUGGAGAAGCCCAGUUCAAUGGAUACAAAAUACAAGGAUGACUUAUUUCGGAAGUACGUGCAGUUCCAUGAGGGCAAAGUGGACGCCACCCCCAGCAAGCAGCGGCCUAGCGAUGAUGAGUACCUGCGGGUGGCGGCCUCGACCCUGCUCAGCUCACACAAGGUGGAUCCCUUUUAUCGAUUCCGGCUGAUCCAGUUCUAUGAGGUGGUGGAGAGCUCCCUGCGCUCGCUGAGUUCCUCCAGCCUGCGGGCUUUGCACUGCGCCUUCAGUGUGCUCGAAACGAUGGGCGUCAACCUCUUCCUCUACCCGUGGAAGAAGGAAUUCAGAAGCAUCAAGACUUACACGGGCCCCUUCGUUUAUUAUGUCAAGUCAGCAUUACUGGAAGAGGACGUCCAAACUAUCCUGAAUUACAUGGGCUACGUGCCCGAGCUGGGGACUGCGUACAAGCUCAGAGAGCUCGUGGAGACCCUCCAGGUGAAGAUGGUCUCCUUUGAACUCUUUCUGGCCAAGGUGGAGUGUGAGCAGAUGCUGGAAAUCCACUCACACGUCAAGGACAAGGGCUACUCUGAGCUGGACGUGGUGAGCGAGCGCAAGAGCAGCGCAGAGGAUGUGCGCAGCUGCUCGGAUGCCCUGCGGCGGCGGGCCGACGGCCGGGAGCACCUCACAGCCUCCAUGGCCCGUGUGGCACUCCAAAAGUCGGCCAGCGAGCGGGCGGCCAAGGACUACUACAAGCCCCGCGUGACCAAGCCCUCGAGGUCGGUGGACGCCUACGACAGCUACUGGGAGAGCCGGAAGCCGCCCCUGAAGGCCUCGUUGAGCCUGCGGAAGGAGCCCGUGGCAGCAGACUUGGGGGACGACCUCAAGGACGAGAUCAUCCGCCCGUCCCCCUCGCUCCUGGCCAUGUCCAGUUCCCCGCAUGGCAACCUGGAUGACCUUCCAUCCCCCUCCUCCAGCAAUGGCCUUGGCCUGCUGCGUGGCACAUACUUCUCCCCUCAGGAUGACGUGGAUCUGUACACGGACUCGGAACCUAGGACCACGUACCGGAGGCAGGAUGCCCUGCGGCCGGACGUGUGGCUGGUCAGAAAUGAUGCCCACCCCCUGUAUCACAAGCGCUCGCCCCCUGCCAAAGAAUCUGCCCUAUCCAAGUGCCAAAACUGCGGUCUGUCCUGCAGCUCCUCCCUCUGCCAGCGCUGUGACAGCCUGCUCGCCUGUCCCUCGGCCUCUAAGCCCAGCGCCUUCCCCAGCAAGGCAUCCGCCCAUGACAGCCUGGCCCACGGGUCUGCUCUGCGGGAGCGGUAUGCAGGCCAGACUCAGGGCCUCGACCGGCUGCCGCACCUCCACGCAAAAUCCAAGCCCUCCCCCACAGCCACCUCCCGCUGUGGCUUCUGUAACCGCCCAGGCGCCACCAACACUUGCACCCAGUGUUCAAAAGUCUCCUGCGACGCCUGCCUCAGCGCCUACCAUUAUGAUCCCUGCUGCAAAAAGGGUGAGCUGCACAAGUUCAUGCCCAACAACCAGCUGAACUUCAAGUCCACCCAGCUCUCCCAUCUCGUGUACAGGUAGACUCGAGCGUGCGCCUCCCGCUACAAGGGCUACACCCCUGACCUGUGUGGUGUCAUGGGGAAGGCGUGUUCAGGCGGUGAUCUCAGAGGCAGAGGCCCGCACUCGGCCGUGGAGCUGCCAGGGGUCGUGGGGCCGGCUGCACCGUGUGGGAGUUCACUUAGCGACUCAUCUUUCAACCGAUGGCUGCUUUGUCGCCUGCCAAGGGAGAGGUGGCACUAUCCGUUCAGAUUAAUUUUUGCUAAUCUCUCCACUCCCUCAUCUGUUGUUUUGUUUUUUUUUUAAGAGAAUGUCUAUCUCUGGGACUCUUGCCAUGCUCACCACUCCCACUGCAAAGCCAACUUGGACGAGGAAGGGCCCUCUAGGUCACCUCCACACGUGCACCUGGAGUGGCGAGCUAGAGGCCUGUUGGCUUGUGAAAUGAGCCCUCCUGCCACACUGGGCCUCUUCCAGUGGCUCAUCCUUUCGCCGCCCCUCCCCAGAUACAAGGAUCCCCAGCUCACUCCCCGCCACCUCACUCCCUUCGGUUCAGAGGUGAACCGAGUCCAGUAUUAGCUGAAUGUCAUCCUGAUGCCACCACAGCUCUGUUCAGCCCGUGGUGUCUGUGCACUUUGCUCCAGCGCCUUGCGGUGUGGACCUUCCGCAGCGGGACUGACUGGUUGCCCCUUUCUGUUGUUUGCACAUGCCCCUCUUACUGUACUGUAAAUAGAUAUUUUUGAGAUUUAUUUUUAAAUAAAUAUUCAACUUGC